AUGACCUUCCCUCCCCCUCCCCCUUCCUCCCAAUCGUCGAUUGCUUCUGGCACCGAUAAAUUGUCUUCGAACAGGGCGGCGAGGUCACAGCAAUCUGCUUGGGGUCUCUCCGCAUCCCAGUCUAGCAUUCGCCGUGGGUUGACUCCGCUUGCGACUAACAACCUUUCAUCGUCAUCGAUUCCGUCUGCGAAUUCCCGAGGACCAGUUCAGUCAACUAGUCCCGCUCCAGGUGGUUCAACCUCUUCCCCUUUGACUUCUUCCUUCUCCGCCGUUCUGAGCUCCGCAAGGGGUCUUCCUGGUGGACGGAGCGUACCCUCGCCUGCCUCAACACCGUCACCUUUUACCACCUUCCAAUCUGGCUCGCAACAGCAUCAGCAAUCCGGACAGUCUCUCUCGUCUCCUAAAUUUAGGGCUCACACCCCUUCGUCACAUCUGGCUUCCGCAGCAGGCUCUAUCGCGGGUGGUGGAGGCUCCGGGGGAGGCGGUGGUGGGACGGGAUCUUCCAGAGGCGCCACCUUCUCUCCGUUAUUGUCCGGCAACACCGUGAAUUCACCCACAGGGUUUCCCUCCGACAAACCGGGCUCAGCAGCUUCUGGAGCUGCAGCUCACGCAGGCCAGUCCUCGUUAACUAAAAUAUCCAUUGCUCAAGUCUUCCUUCUUCUAGACUCUAUCACGGAGAAAGAAGGUCGAGAGAAGUGGGAGACCAAAGCCGCUCAGAUACACAAGCUUGUUGAGUCGAACGGAAUGGAGGUCUUCUCGAAGUAUUUCCGGCGUCUUCUGACGGGCAAUGCCCCUCAAAUCUUUCCAGGGGUCAACAAGUCUGUGGAAAAUGCUGGCAAUUACCCCUUGUUGGUCCAAGAAAUGCAGAAAGUCACUCAGGACAUAGAGCAAGCCCAGAAAAUCGCAGAAACGGUUGAUACCUCAGAAGGAGACAUAUUCCGUGAUUUCGAUCUUUCUACCUUCCUCGAUCAUUUUAAGCUGGAUCCUGUCGCUAAGGUAGCCCUUGCACUGGCCUUCAAAACCGCCAAUAAGUCGGAUCUGCGUGCGAAAGCCGAUGCAAUUCUUUCGAACUCUGUCACCCCUUUUCUUCAAAGUUUGGCGACACCGUCUGAGGCAUCCAAGGACUUCAAAAACUCGUUCAUUGGGAUGACCAUUGAGCGCCAAAUUAGUGUACGCAGCGAAUCUGCGCUACCAGAAAUUAGGCGUGGAGAUGCCAUUCGAGGUUGCUUCUGCGCUACAAAUGUUCAAUUUCUGAAUCCAAGAUACACAUUGGUCCGUCAGCUCCAUUCUAGAGGACCCCGAGCCACAUCGAACGUCGACGCCGUGAAUGAAGCAGUCAAUUCAGCCGGGCCUGAUGCCUGGAACGAAGAGCAUAUUGCCAGCGCCCUUCUGUUUCUGGUUCUUUCUCAGUAUUGGCAGGACUUCUCCUUGGAGACUUUCCUCCGAGCGGUCAAGUCACAUUACGUUGACAGGCAGAUUAAUUGGUCUUUCAUUUUCCGAAACUUUGAUCGAGAGGGCCUGCGACUUGAUCCGAAGCAGUUUGCCAAACUGUAUUCAGUCCUCUUGUCGGCGGCUGCGGAUGAUUCCACCUUGGACAUCCAGAAGCUUUGGGGUGGCGAUUGGGAACAUCGGGACACACAAAUGUCUUUCUUGACGGCUCUCAUUGUUUCCCGAACGGAUGUCUCUCAGAUUCCCAAUCUUCGAGCUACCUUCCCAGCGGAUUUCUUCGCUGACGGUCCCGAGCUCGUUCGCUUGCAAGGGGAGCGGGCAACGAAGUCUCCGCUUCGUUCUUUGGACGCUAUGAAAGCCAUCUUUGACAUUGCGUUGUUCUCUCAGGCUGCAUGGGCAGCUGCGGAAAGUCAACUACUCAUCAAGGCUGUUGUCCAGUAUGAUCUUCCUGUCUUUUUGUGCUCAGCUCUGGCUCUUCCUCAGCCGUGGACCAGCGUUCAACAAAGCUUCGUUCUUCGGACGCUCGUUGUCUUUAUCUUAAAACAAGAAGAGGGAUACCAGCUUGCGCUUCAUGGAGCUUGGCGUCAGGAUCGCCAAUGGGUAGCUGAGCAGCUUUUCACCACGUUCACCCAAGACCCAACCUCAACAGCCGCAAUCUACGAGCAUGCUGUCGAGUUUGACUGGCUGGACUACCUGCUUGGGUACACAAACGGUCUUGCUAUGGAUCUGGCUUGCUAUGCUCAUCGAAAGGGACCCUUUGACCUCGAGCAAUGGGUUCGCAAUGCAGCUCAGAAAGGUCCAAUGGAUAUGGGUAAUCUGUUGUCUAAAUACCUCAGGAUCAAGGCAGAAGAUGAAUUGCACGUCCAGAGGAAGGAACAACCUGCUCCGCAAAUGGUCAGUCUUUCAGUGAAGACUGUCUAUACUCUGCUGUCUGUUUUGGAGGAAUAUGUUGGCGACCGUGAAAAUCUCACGCCGGUGCAGCGAAUAUGCAUUCAGACCUACCCUCGGCUUAUCAAUUACGGGGAAGGUUUUGAUGAUAUUAUCGACGCGAAUGGCGAAAACGGCAAUGCGUUACCUGAAACUAUUGACAAACAGAUGCAGGAGCUUUUCGGCAAGAUGUAUCACGAAGAACUUUCGUUGCGGGAAAUUUUGGAGUUAAUGCGACGGUACAAAACAUCUCGUGAUCCGGCUGAACAAGAUCUUUUCGCGUGCAUGGUUCAUGGACUCAUCGAUGAGUACCAUUGCUACCAUGAAUAUCCCUUGGAAGCGCUCACAAAGACAGCUGUGAUGUUCGGUGGUAUCAUCAACUUCCGGCUCGUCGACGGAAUCACGCUGAAAGUGGGGCUGGGCAUGAUUCUCGAGGCUGUGCGAGAACAUGACAUUCACGAUCCCAUGUACAAGUUCGGCGUCGAGGCCAUUGAGCAGCUGAUCAGUCGGCUCCCCGAAUGGGCUGGCUUUUGUCACCUCCUGCUUCAAAUUCCGACCUUGCAGGGCACGCCCAUUUUCCAGAAGGCUGAAGAAGUCCUACGCGAGCAGGGAAGUCAGGUGCGAGACUCUGAUCCUGGUAGACUAGAGAAUGCCACUGGCGCGUCCAUAACGAACGGUACCCUCGAUGAGAGCGCACCAGACGGACCCACACGCAAGUUCCUGUCUAUCCAUGUCGACCCACCUUUACGACCUGAGAUUUACCAUGAUCCAGACGAGGAGGUGCAGGACAAGAUCCUAUUCGUCCUAAACAACGUGUCGGAGCAAAAUAUUGAGGAGAAGCUGCACGAUCUCACUGACGUUCUGCGAGACCAGCAUCAUCAGUGGUUCGCAUCAUACUUGGUGGAAGAACGAGCGAAAUUACAGCCAAAUUUUCAGCAACUCUAUCUCGAUCUUCUUGACCGCAUUAACGACAAGAUUCUAUGGGCUGAAGUUCUGAGAGAAACAUACUCGAGCGUGUGCAAGCUGUUGAAUGCAGAGGGGACGAUUAACUCGUCCACAGAUCGCGGCCAUCUCAAAAAUCUCGGUUCAUGGCUCGGUUCACUGACUAUAGCAAAAGACAAGCCUAUAAAGCACAAGGAUAUAUACUUCAAGGGUCUUCUCUUGGAAGGCUAUGACAGUCAGCGUCUGACCAUCGUGAUCCCAUUCACUUGCAAAGUGCUGGUCCAGGCGACAAAAUCCACUGUCUUCAAGCCGCCAAACCCAUGGUUGAUGGAUAUUCUCGCUCUUCUGCUGGAACUGUACCACUUUGCCGAACUGAAGUUGAAUCUCAAAUUUGAGAUUGAAGUACUGUGCAAAGAUCUCGAACUGGAUCAUAAGACAAUCGAACCCUCCGUCGUUAUUCGAGAUCGCUCGGCUCAUAUCGAGGAUGCGCUGUCGACAGCAAAUAUACCCGAAGGCCUCGAAGCCUUCGAAGACAUGGCUCUCACCACCAUCAAUCAGGGAAUGCGGACAGAGAGGUUGUCUCCCGCCGCGAUCAUGUCCACUCUUCCAAGCUUAGACAAGAUCCUUGUUUUACCAUCUUCCGCGAGCAGCAUGAUUGACCCGAACGUCCUCCGGCAAAUUGUCCACACAGCUGUCGAACGCGCCAUCGCGGAGAUAAUCACCCCAGUUGUAGAACGCUCCGUCACGAUUGCAUCAAUUUCAACUGUGCAACUUGUAUCCAAGGACUUUGCCAUGGAGCCUGACGAGGAAAAGGUGCGACAUGCCGCUGCCAAUAUGGUGCGACAGCUUGCCGGCAGCCUGGCCCUGGUGACUUGCAAGGAGCCCUUGAAGGUUAGCAUGACAAACUAUAUCAGAAUGAUUCAGCAAGAGUACUCCGAGCAGCCCAUGCCCGAAGGUUUGAUUUUAAUGUGUGUCAAUGACAACCUUGAUGCCGCCUGCGGAAUAGUCGAGAAGGCGGCGGAGGAGAAGUCUCUCCCUGAGAUUGAAAAGGUUAUUGAACCACAAUUGGAAGCGCGCCGGCGUCAUCGGGCUGCCCGACCUAAUGAACCUUUCAUCGACCCGUCGAUGAAUCGUUGGGGCUUGUUCAUUCCUGAACCCUACCGACAAGCCCCAGGUGGUCUGAAUAAAGAGCAGUUGGCCAUUUAUGAGGAGUUUGCUCGUCAAGCUCGUGGUCCAGCAGCAACUCACGUUCAGAACGUAUCGACUGAUUCUGGUCGACAACUGGCAGAUGUUCUCCAGGAUUCGUAUGCGCAGAUUCCUAACCUCUCUACGCCUGCGGAACAGCCAGCUGUACCUCAUAGAACUCCACAGGCUCAGCAAGACACGCGUUUGCAGCAAACCGGUCUCGUUGGCGCACAACCGCAACUAAAUGGCUUUCUGGAGGCGCCAACGCCUCGUGACAAAGUCGACAGCAUCGUUUCUGAUCUACAGCAAGCGGCUCGCAAUGCACCCGAGGAGCGCGUGAAGGAUCUUGGCAGAGAUAGUGCUGUAUUACAGGAGUACAACCAGGCUUUGCGCACUAUCCUUACGUCUCCAAGCGGUGAAGAGCUGGCAAGAUUGACAUCUCUGAAGAUCUGCACGACCUUGUAUUCCCAGACACCGAGUAAUCUUGAGAUCGAGGUACUUGUGCAUUUGCUUGCGAAGUUGUGCGAUAUGUCCUCACUCGUCGCAAGAUAUACCUGGGUUGUCUUGUCAGAAGUAGAUGACGAGCAUAUAUUCAAUGUCCCAGUCACAGUGGCACUCAUAGACGCUGGACUGCUGGACAUUCGCCGCGUUGAUAUGAGUCUCACUAGACUUAUCUGCCAGAAGAACACGGGUGCUCUCGAAAUACUGGCCAAUCUGAUGGACCGAGUGCUGUUCAACGAAGAGCCUUCCGCAUUACGGUCUGACUUCUCUGGCAGUCUCGAAGCAAUGAGCCAAUGGCUUGCAGAAGACGCAAAUCUUGCUCCUGCAAAUGAAAUUAUCCGCAAACUUCGCGAGUCCGGUAUUCCUGAAGUCGUCAACCCUCUACUCAGCGACAAAGCGCGAGCAAAGCGGGAUCAGAUGGAGUACAUUUUCAGCGAGUGGAUUGGUAUUUACAAGGCUCCCGGCGCCACCGACCGUACCUAUUAUUCCUUCCUUAAGGACCUGCACCAGAGGCAAGUCAUGGAUAAUCAAGAGGACUCUGCUUUAUUCUUCCGGCUCAGCAUUGACAUCUCCGUCGCGAUGUUCGAGCAUGAAUCACAGAAUCCUAACGGUAGCCUCGAUGAGGCUUUCCUCUAUAUCGAUGCGCUUGCGAAAUUGGUCAUUCUGCUAGUUAAAUUCCAAGGAGAGAGUACCGGCUCGUCCAAGGCCAGCAAAUCUGUCUACUUCAACUCGAUUCUGUCGAUGCUCGUGCUGGUGUUGAAUCAUCACCACGUUAUCCGCGGAGAGGCUUUCAACCAGCGCGUAUUUUUCAGACUCUUCUCAAGUAUCCUCUGCGAGUAUUCCCUGAGCGGACUUCAGCAGAGUGAUCAGCAUCAGGAAAUGAUGUUUGCUCUUGCCAACAAGUUCCUAUCGCUCCAGCCUCAGUACUGUCCCGGUUUCGUCUACGGCUGGCUCUCACUGGUGUCUCACAGAUUUUUCAUGUCAGGAAUGCUGAAUAUGCCUGAGCGUGCUGGUUGGGGUCCCUACUGCGAAAUAAUGCAGGCUCUCCUCUCUUACAUCGGAGAGCAGCUCAAGCCAGCAAACAUCUCUUAUGUUGCCAAAGACCUCUACAAAGGAGUGCUUCGUAUUCUGCUGAUCUUGCACCAUGACUUCCCAGAGUUUGUUGCAGAAAAUCAUUUUCAGUUCUGCAAUGUCAUUCCCGCCCAUUGCGCUCAGCUUCGUAAUCUUGUUCUGAGCGCAUACCCGUCAUCUUUCCACAAGCUUCCAGAUCCUUUUAGAGAAGGUCUGAAAGUCGAGCGCCUGGAAGAGAUGCGCGAAGCUCCCAAGAUUGCCGGCGACAUCGCUGCACCUCUACAGCGCGCCAACAUCAAAGGUAUUGUCGAUAGCUUGCUGCAGAGCAAUAACCAGGCAGAGGCGUCCAUCCAGAAGAUUUGCGAUGCUAUCUACAACCCUGUGAACAAGGAUACUGGACUCUUCUACACUCCCAUCAAUGUCAACGUCAUCCUGAUGAACGCGUUGGUUUUAUACAUUGGUCAGGAUGCGGUUUCUACCGGUGGUUCCAAAGGCAACACUCGCGCCGUGUUCGACAGCUCGCCCCAUUCGGCACUUCUGGAGAGCCUCGCCAAGGUGCUACGACCUGAGGCGCGCUACUACCUGCUCAGUGCGAUGGCGAACCAAUUACGCUAUCCUAAUAGCCAUACCUACUUCUUCAGCUUUGCCAUUCUUCGUCUCUUUGGCGUGGACAACUCCGAGCAGGAUGGAUCCGAUAUCCGUCAGCAGAUUAUCCGAGUCUUGUUGGAGCGGCUGAUCGUCCAUCGCCCCCACCCCUGGGGUUUGAUCAUCACCCUCCAGGAGUUGCUCCAGAACCGAAGCUACACUUUCUUCCACCUUCCUUUCAUCCAGGCUGCGCCUGAGAUUGGUCGUCUCUUCGAUGCUCUUCUCCAACACAUCCAGCAACAAAGCCCUAGGGCAAUGCCUUAG